AUGGCCGUUUUUAUAAUUGGUAGUAUAUACGUUUACGCUGUAAGUGUGUUAUUUCCAGCAAUAUUGGCAUUUGGACCUCCAUCUGCAAUCUCAUACACGCGUCUGUCAGCAGCGAAUAACAAUACUAAAUGCGGUGUGCGAGGACUGGUGAUGAAUAUUUACCCACCAGCAGAUCAUGCAGGUCGGUGUCAACCCAAGAGAAUCAAAACAUUUGGUUGCAAAGGACAAUGCUAUUCGUAUACUGAAGUCAACAGUAAUCUCACGCGUAUAACUCGUUCAUGCAGCUGCUGUCAGCCAACAGAUUUUGGUCUACAAAAAGCGGUGAUUCGGUGCCAAGGCGGGAUGGAAUUGCGGAAGGUCGGCAGAAGGAUAUAUUAUGCCCACGUUAAGAAACAAAAGCGUUUUUCUUUCUUCUGCCUCUACCACCAUUCUCUCUCUCUCUCUUUAUUUUGGGUCUAUUCUUUUAACUAUCCUCCCUAG